CUGCUGAUUUUGCGUCUGAGCCCAAGGCACUUCUAGAGGUUGACCAGAGUUACGCUUCUUGUCCUAGUGUAAUUAUUAAAAGAUAAUUAUGACCCUUUCAUAGUCAAAAGUGUUCCUGGUGGGGAGAAAUUAGUGUCUCCCUAGUUCUAGUCGUUUUGGUUUGAGACGGGGGGGAGGGAGGAGGCGAGCAGGUGAGGGGCGUUCUUUCUAAUGGGUCCCUUGCUCGACUUCCGGUGGCCUGAAGAAACUAACUUCGAAUCGGGCAACUGCGAUUGCACCUUUGCUCUUUUAACAACCGCUGUGCUAAUCGAAGUGGUUAAAGGCCCGUUUUUGAACUUCUCUCAGUAAACUGAGAAACUAACAGUACUUCCUGAAAGCAUCAAGAAGAAAAAUGUCGGUGACACUGCAUACAGAUGUAGGUGAUAUUAAAAUAGAAGUCUUCUGUGAGAGGACACCCAGAACUUGUGAAAAUUUCUUGGCUCUUUGUGCCAGUAAUUACUACAAUGGCUGUAUAUUUCAUAGAAAUAUCAAGGGUUUCAUGGUUCAAACAGGAGAUCCGACAGGUACUGGAAGAGGAGGUAGCAGUAUCUGGGGCAAGAAAUUUGAAGAUGAAUACAGUGAAUAUCUUAAGCACAGCGUUAGAGGUGUUGUAUCUAUGGCUAAUAAUGGCCCAAACACCAAUGGAUCUCAGUUCUUCAUCACCUAUGGGAAGCAGCCACAUCUGGACAUGAAAUACACAGUAUUUGGAAAGGUAAUAGAUGGUCUGGAGACUCUAGAUGAACUGGAGAAGUUACCAGUAAAUGAGAAGACAUAUCGACCUCUUAAUGAUGUACACAUUAAGGACAUAACUAUUCAUGCCAACCCAUUUGCUCAGUAGCUAUAAUAGACCUGGACAAAUACUUGGCAAACUACUCAAGGAACACACCUAUUAUGGUUUACCCAGUUUUAAUUAUGUCAGAGAUUGCAUCAUUAUACAACUUGUUUACAACUAAGAUCUACUUGUUUACAGCUAAGAUCUUCUAUGAGUUGGUGGUACCAAGGGAAGCCAAACAGCUUUAACUCCUAUUCUUAGAGGAUAUUCUUUACUGUAACUUUUUUUUUUUCACACACACACACACACACACACACACACUGUAUUUUAUUUUUACAAGAGAUAAAUAGACUGACACCAAGCAUUGUACAGGGAUGACCACAACAAA